AUGUACUUUUGUUGUUUUGAGGUGUUGAUUAGUCAUCGAAAAUACCUACUACAAAUUUUCAAUAUAACCGUAGAUGAAGGAUCUGUAAAACCUGUCAAUAUCACGUCGGAGCAGAAACUUUACAGAGAAAACAGUUUAGUUCCUUGAGGAGAAGGAGCAGUACGUAUUGCGGUGUUGGGUGUCGAUUCAUUCAGGAAGUCGAUCGUUAAGGAAUUGGCAAAUGCUACCUGCUUACCAGGGCAUUUUUUUGUUCCAUUACUACCUUAUAUUUACUCAUAUCGUUAUCACCAGAGCAAGAUUAAAUCAGAAAAUUGA